UUCUAGUGGGGGUGGGGGGGGGUACGAGAGUGGCGUGUUUACUACCAACAGCCCCGACACACGUCAUCUCGUGUCCCUGCCCCCCCCCCGCCUCGCCCGAGCGGGGCGGUGGAGAAAACGGCGUGGCACAUUUUUAAGUUUCGGUUUCUGAUCGUCAGAAAUGAUUCCUGAUCCCUGGCCGUACUCGGCGAGCUGUCUUCCCCCACACACACACACACACCAAGCGUGCCGCGCGGCCGGGGCUGGCAGGAGCCGAGGCGGCCGAGGCGAUGGAGUCCACCAUAACCAAGAUCAUCUGCGCCAACGGCGGCUCGAUCUCGGCGGAGGAGCUGCAGUCGGUGUACUUCGGCAGGUCGGAGAGGGUGAGCGACGUCGUCGCCAACCAGGAGAAGUUCCUCUUGUGCCACCAUAACGAGGAGCAAAUGGUGGUGGCCAGGACCAGACUGGGUUUGUGCAAAACCAAAGACUGCCAGGGCUGUAACAGUUUACACCUGUGCAAAGGAUUCCUGUUCGGGAACUGCCAGUUUGAUCGGGGGAGGAGAAGAUGCCGUUUCUCCCAUGACCUGACAUCUGCAUAUAACAACGGGCUUCUAGUUAAACAUGACCUGGACAAUCUGGACAAGGCAGAACUUUGCACUUUGCUGCUCCAAAAUGACAGAACUCUCCUGCCGCCAGUAUGCCACGACUACAACAACGGCUUGGGCGAGUAUGGCAGGUGCCAGGAUGGUGAAUACUGCACGAGGCUCCACAUCUGUGAAAUAUACCUGAGCGGCCCCUGCAGCUGCCCCAGAGCGCAUGAUUUCUAUGAACCACACCCACAGAAGACCCUGCAGAAGAGAGGCGUGCCCAACCAGCUCUUCUGCUCAAUGAAGAUGGUUUACAUGAACAAAGAGCUUCUAAGAAUCUGGUGUAACAAGGGCAACAAAGGUAACAUGGGCCGCCAGCCGCAGCAGCAAACAGGCCUUUUCGGUGACAUCCCCUCCGCGGCCAAUAAUGCCACCGACAGUGCUGAUGACUCUGCAGGCGCCGGCAGGAAAAAAAAUCGAAAGAGGAACAAUGCCAAUAUGAAAGAUAAAAUUGACAUAUGCAUGUACUUCAUCAAGGGCCACUGUAAACAUGGGGAGAGGUGUUUCAAAGCCCAUCACAACCUGCCGUACAGAUGGGAGGUGAAGGAGGGACAACAGUGGACGGCCUUACCGGAGAACGAGGAGAUAGAGGAAGACUUCUGCAACCCUAAGAAGACAUACAGUCGAGGCGUGCAGCCCGUGUGUUUUGACACCAUGACCUGCGAGCUGAAUAGCGCCCGCCGCCUCUCCACCGUCUCCUCUGUUCUCCAGCCUACUUUCAUUUUCACCACGGAGUGGGUCUGGUACUGGGAGGACGAGUUCGGGACCUGGAAUCCGUACGCCACAGCGACUGGGCAACAUGGACUGGCGAGCAUCACCAGCAUGGAGCUGGAGGACAAGUUCCAGAACGAUGACCAGGCGGUGGUGGAGUUCUCCGCAGGCUCCCAGUCGUACACGCUCAGUUUCCCGGACAUGAUACAGACGAACAAGCGGUAUGGCACCAAGAGGGUGGUGAGAAGACGGCCGAAGUUCGUCUCCUCAGCUGAAGCACAGAUCAUCAAAACCAGGAGGCCCGUGGGUAAUCAGUCACAUUUCAAAGACCUACCAGCACACUGGGACAAGACACUGAUUCCUGAGACCGGGUAUAAGCGAGUACAGCUCCAGAGCACCUCAGGUGAGUACAAGGAGAUCGAGAGCCUCUUCCGCAGCACACUGAGGGGCUUUGACAUCUACCAGAUAGAGAGGAUCCAGAACAAAGCCCUCUGGGAAGUCUUCCAGUGGCAAAAAACUCAGAUGAAGAAGAACAACGGAGGUCAGAACGUCACAGAGAAGAAGCUGUUCCACGGGACCGACCCCAAACACAUAGAUGCGAUUUGCCUUAACAACUUCGACUGGAGAAUCUGCGGCACCCACGGCACCGCCUACGGUAAAGGUAGUUAUUUCGCCAGGGACGCCAAAUAUUCUCACAGCUACACCGGCGAGUCCAGCGUCAAAUCCAUGUUCAUAUCCCGCAUCCUGGUGGGCACCUACACCAAAGGAUGCUCCAGCUACCUUCGACCCCCAUCCAAGGAUGGCGGAGACACCCACUUCUACGACAGUUGCGUGGACGAUGUUGGCAACCCCUCCAUAUUUGUGGUGUUUGAGAAGCACCAGAUCUACCCUGAGUACCUGCUCACAUACGAGGAGAAGGUUUCUUAUUCCUCGCCGUACUACACCAGGGCGGCGGCUCCAGCUCCGGCUCCGGCACCCAGGCCAGCUCCGGCACCGAGACCAACAACCGUAUCUUGGACAACUCCCGCAUCGACGAGUGCAUCUUCGACAUCAACGUCCACACCGAGGGCUGCACAUUGGUCACCACCUCCCACACCGCUAUCACGACCGACUUACUCGUCUUACUCCUCAUCAAACCAGAGUUACCAGAAGAAGCAAUCUGAUUCCUGUGUCAUCAGUUAGAGGUGAAUGUGAUGUCCAGAGACCUUGUCUCUUAUCGGAUCAUGAGGGGAGAGGAUGUGGUAAAAAUGCAAAGUGUAACAUUUGGAUUGUAAGAUAAAUGUAUCGAGAGGAUGUCAUUAAUUGUAGUUUUCUGUGUUUUGUAAUCACAGUUACGAUCAUCCAUAGUUGUAAAAUAGCUUUAGUAUGUUGAAAAUACAAAAUUAACAAAGUAUAAACAAAUAAACAAGUGAGAAAAACAGUUGCCAAGGCAACCGAUGGCGUUAUUGAAAUGAUCCGCACAGCUGGAAUACCUCUUUGACCAACCGGUUUGCUUGGUUUGAGACCUCCCAUCGUACAGCAUUAGUGCAUAUUACCAGUUUCCAAGUCCAAGAAUUGAUGUACAAAUCACUGUUAAAGACUCCUUGCUGCCAUUCUUUAAGUGGGCUCAGGAAAUUUUGUACGUCAAAAAUCUUGGCAGUUUCUCAUAUAAAGUGAUUAUAAUGGCGUACCGCCCGCUGCUGUACUCCCCCCUGAGCAGCAGAGGGCGACAACGCCUCAGCGUAAAUAUCUACACUGUUAAAGCCUUAAACUUAAAGGUAGGAUGAGUAGUAUUUUCCUAAGAAAACUGUACAAAAAUAAACCUUCACAAUCAUCGCUUAUGACCCACUAGACGUGUGUGGCAGUGUUUGCAUCUGUAUCUGCAGAGACCCGGUCUGUUCUCUGCCUGUAUUUUCUUAUUUUGCUGUGUCAGGAUAUUUCUGGGCAUUGACCUUUGGGCGUUGGGUGUGGGUACUAUCAAAAGAGCCAUUUUUGCCCCCCCCCCUCCAAAAAAAAUUGUCUGGAGCCACAAAACAUAUUUCAGCCUUAUAAUGAAGGUAACACUGUCUGUUAAGUCUAAAUUAGCCUGUCAACAUUACUAAUAGGUGGGAAUGAGCUUGCAUUAACUUUUACCACAUGUGGCUACUCUGCAGCGGGCUAUUGAUGAUCAUUUGGUAUUUGAACUUUGCAUUUCCAUUACAGUAAUACCAUAUUUUGUUGCAUUUAUGAAAUUAUAUAACUACAAUAAAGAAAACUUUUAAUUUU